GUCACAAAAGCGCGCAUACUGCAUACGCGAAGAAGUGUGGUGGUGGUGGUGGGGUCCAUGUCAUCUCCUCCUCAUAUCGCGUGACGUGUCAAUUAUUAAUCUCACGAACUGGACGGCCGCUGCAAGAUAAGGACCGGAGAGGCGACGGCCAGAGAGAGAAAAGAAAGAAGGGAAGAGAAGCGAGCUGUAACGUAAACUCAAUCCAACAGCAACAAACAAACUUCAUUAGACAGGCUGAGAGAGAGAGAGAGAGAAGAGAGAGCAUUUCCGAUUUGAUCUCUCCGUGUUUAUACUAUAAGCUCACAGUUCCUUCUUCCUUCUUCUUUCUUCUUGCUCUUCAAUCUUCGCUCUGUUUCCAUCUGGUGCGGAUUCAGAUUCGGUUUCGUCGGUCUGCGGCUUUCCAUUUCUCCAGAUCGAAUCGCGGGAGAGCAUGAUACGCCAUCUUCGCAGCUCGUCUUUCUGAAUCCCGAGAUGAGAGGUGCUACGACGACGACCACCACCACCAUCGACACCGUCAACGCGGCCGCCACCGCCAUCGUCUCCGCCGAGUCCCGCGUCCAGCCGCCAUCCGUUCCGAAAAGAAGAUGGAAAGGCUGUUGGAGUAUGUAUUGGUGCUUUGGUUCCCAGAAAGUUAACAAGCGCAUCGGUCAUGCGGUCCUUGUACCCGAGCCAGAAGCAUCAAGAGUAGCACAACCUUCUUCCACCGAGACUCAAAUUCAAAGUCACUCAGCCACAGUUGUCCAUCCCUUUAUAGCUCCUCCUUCCUCCCCUGCUUCGUUCCUUCAAUCCGAGCCUCCUUCCGUCACUCAGUCACCAGGAGGGCUAUUGUCUUUGAAAUCCCUUCCUGCCGAUGCCUAUUCCCCUCGUGGACCUCCGUCCAUGUUUGCUAUAGGCCCUUAUGCACACGAGACUCAGCUCGUCACUCCUCCUGUGUUCUCUGCCUUCACCACUGAACCAUCCACUGCUCCUUUCACUCCACCACCGGAAUCAGUUCAACUCACCACGCCUUCUUCACCCGAGGUGCCAUUUGCCCAGCUUCUGACAUCUUCUCUUGAACGCGCUCGAAGAAACAGCGGGGGAACCAUUUCAAAGUUUGGAUUCUACAACUAUGAAUUCCCUCAAGUAUACUCCGGAAGCCCCAGUGGCCAGCUCAUCUCCCCAGGGUCAGUGAUCUCGAACUCGGGGACUUGUUCUCCUUUCCCUGAUAGACACCCGGUUCAUGAGUUCCGUACUGGGGAUGCUACUAAGCUCAUUGGGUUCGAGCAUUUCAAUACUCGCAAAUGGGGUUCAAGAUUGGGUUCCGGAACUGUGACCCCUGAUGGGGUGGGUCGUGGUUCGAGGUUUGCCUCAGGAACUGCAACUCCAGAUGGGGUGGGUUUGGGUUCAAGGCUGGGAUCAGGAACUGUGACUCCAGAUGGCGUGGGUUUGGGUUCCAGGCUAGGGUCCGGAACCAACACUCCAGAUGGAAUGUGGGUAGUGGGUCCAAUUCUUGGUUCAGGAACUGCUACUCCGGAUGGCGUUGGGUUGGGUUCGAGGCUAGGAUCUGGAACGGCGACUCCGGAUGGGAUGUGGGUAGUAGGUGGCUCGAGGCUUGGUUCGGGAACUGCUACUCCAGACGGUGGUGGUCUGUAUUCAACACUGGGCUCAGGACCUCUUCCACCAAUUUCUGUGGUUCCUGAGAACAUGGUUACAGAAGUCGCACAUCUUCCCCUCUUGGGAAAUGGUGCUAGAACCAACGAGACCAUAGUCGAUCACAGAGUCUCAUUCGAGUUGAGUGGCGAAGACGUUGCACGUUGCCUGCAAAGCAAGUCGAUGGCAUCAAACAGAACUUUCCUAGACCAUUCCGAAGAAAACCACUUCGACAGUGGUGAAGUCUCUUUGAGAGUUGGGGAAACCUUCAACGAGACACCUGGCAAAUCGUCGGCGGGAGCAGAAGAGGAGCCUAGCUACAGAAGGCAGCGUUCGGUCACUCUCGGAUCGAUCAAAGAGUUCAACUUUGAUAGCUCGAAGGGUGAAGCCCUCGAUAACAAGCCCGCUGUCAGCUCGGAGUGGUGGGCCAACGAGACAAUCGCCGGGAAGGACUCCAAGCCUGCCGCCGAUGGCUGGUCUUUCUUCCCAAUUUUACAGCCAGAGUUCCGUAUUCUGGUCAUACAUUUCCUGCAAACCGGCAUCUACUACGCUACUGCUGAUUCUCUCGCCUUCUUGGCAAUGGCGAUGGCACCAACGGUCAAAGUGGUUCUAGGCUCAACAGCCUUCGCAAUCUUCUGGGUACUUGCAGUUUUCCCAGCUGUGCCUUUCCUCCCUAUAGGAAGAACAGCAGGCUCGCUUCUAGGAGCAAUGCUAAUGGUCAUAUUCCGAGUCAUAACCCCUGACCAAGCAUAUGCCGCCAUCGAUCUCCCCAUCCUCGGCCUCCUCUUCGGCACCAUGGUAGUCAGCGUAUACCUGGAGAGAGCAGACAUGUUCAAGUACCUAGGCAAAUUGCUGUCUUACAAGAGCCAAGGUCCUAAAGACUUGCUCUUCAGGAUUUGCCUAAUCUCAGCUCUAUCAAGUGCAUUCUUCACCAAUGACACAUCUUGUGUCGUUUUGACCGAGUUCGUGCUCAAAGUAGCCAGGCAGCACAAUUUGCCGCCUCACCCUUUCCUCCUGGCGCUGGCUUCGAGUGCCAACAUUGGUUCAGCAGCCACCCCUAUUGGGAAUCCUCAGAAUCUGGUCAUAGCUGUUCAGAGUAAGAUUACUUUUGGAGAGUUUGUUUUGGGGAUUCUUCCUGCCAUGGUGGUGGGAGUGGUUGUCAAUGCCAUAAUCUUGAUGUGUAUGUAUUGGAAGUUGCUGUCCUCUGCUCCCAAGGAUUUGGAGGAUGCGAGUGAGGAGGUUGUUGACGACGAGGAUGUCAUUUCACAUCGGUUUUCCCCAGCUACGAUGUCACAUCACUCGGCACAGAACUCUCAGGAUUUGAGCUCUAGAUUGGAACUACAAGGCUCUCCUCCCUUGGGUGUGAAUGGUCAUGUGGAGACCUUGAGGAAUAGGAUCCCUAGUUCGUCUAUAGAGAGUGAUAUUCGCAGUGGUGGGUUGAGCGGGAGGCAUCUCGAGUCUGGGAGGAUCUCGAAUGCAUCGAGUGACCCUGCAGCAGCCGGUGGAGCUGCUGCAGAUGAUGGAACUACUUCUCAAAAGAAGGAAGAGAAUGGAUGUUCUUCUCCUGUUGUGGUGUUGGAAGAAAGGGAUGGUGAUCCUUUCGACAGCAAGUGGAAGAGGAUACUGUGGAAGUCAGGUGUUUACAUCAUCACAAUUGGGAUGUUGGUGGCUUUGCUACUUGGUUUGAACAUGUCUUGGUCUGCAAUCACAGCUGCACUUGCUCUUGUGGUACUCGAUUUCAAAGAUGCCCGACCUAGCCUCGAAAAGGUUUCAUACUCCCUCCUGAUCUUCUUCUGCGGGAUGUUCAUAACAGUCGACGGCUUCAACAAAACCGGAAUCCCAAGCACCCUUUGGGAACUAAUGGAACCCUAUGCGAAAAUCGAUCACCCACUUGGCAUACUGGUCCUAGCACUCGUCAUACUUGGUCUCUCAAACUUGGCUUCAAACGUCCCCACAGUUCUGUUGCUGGGAGGCAGAGUGGCUGCAUCGGCCGCCGAGAUAUCAGCAGCAGAUGAGAAGAAGGCGUGGCUGCUACUGGCUUGGGUGAGCACUGUGGCGGGGAACUUGUCGCUGCUAGGAUCAGCUGCCAACUUGAUAGUGUGUGAACAAGCUCGGCGAGCUCCGCAUUUCGGGUACAAUCUGUCGUUCUUGAAACACCUCAAGUUCGGUGUGCCGUCUACCCUUGUAAUCACUGCUGUUGGUUUGCUGCUUAUAAGAUGAUGAUCGACGAACUGAUGACGACGAUGAUCUUUCUUCCCCUCUUGUGUAUUUUGAUGUAUAGUGUAUGAUUCUACUUUGUUUUCCUAAAAUGUAAAUUGCUGUUCCUUUUGUUACCAUCAUUGCAAUUUGCCUACAUGUGGAGAAGCCCACUUUAACUUUGACGUUUCUAACGGCCCACAUGAAGCCCAAGCCAUGAGCCUGGCCCUCUACUUUUUUAGUGAGGGUUAUCGGUGUGGGCCUUCUGGUUUUAGCCUGCAUUUACUUGCCGAUAAUAAGGAUCUAUUUUAUUUGCU